CUGAAACUUGUACGAUCAUGUACCUUGCUUCAGCCAUAACUGCUGCCGCCACAUUAUCUUCUGGGAUCAUAUUUCCCUUGUAUAUAUAUCCCAACGAAAGCUGUCCGGCGUGGACACCAGUGGAAGACGCGAUAUCGUCCCAUCCGACACUUCCCUUCUGGCUUGUCGUCAAUCCCGGGAGUGGCCCGGGGAAUGCUGGUACUCAGCCGGACACGAACUACCAAACCUGCAUCGCACAGCUCAAAGCGUUUAGCAAUGCUGAAGUCCUUGGCUAUGUGCAUACUUCGAAGGGUACCCGCGCCUCCGCAGACGUUAUCACGGACAUCGACACAUACUCGGGGUGGGAUAGCGCAUAUCGUCCUGUUGGUAUCUUCUUCGACGAGGCCGCUAGCACUGCAAGCGAAGAAUCCUUGUAUGCACAGUAUGCCGCUGAGGUGCGCACCGACUUUGGCAGUGACAGUACGGUCGUCUUGAACCCCGGAACUUCGACGGAUUCGAGUUACUUUAGCAUCGCGGAUAUCAUCGUUACUGAAGAAGAGUACUACUCUGAAUUCUCGAAUAGUCAAUUGACCAUCGAUGCCACGCAGCUUGCAUCUAAGCAAGCUGUCAUACUUCACGAUGGACCUUCCGCCACGGACACGUCGGUGGUCAACCAGCUCGUCACGACAGACAAAGUCAAAGCUGUCUUCCUCACCGAUUUUGCGAACGAUGUGGCGUACGAAAAUAUCCCAACGGAUUGGUCGAACUUUGUUGAUGAUGUACAAGCAGCAGCUGGUGCUUGAUGUAAAGAUAGACUUGACAGAAUGAAUACGAUGGACAAAAAAGGCCAUGAUACUCAUGCAAGUCUUGGAAAAUAUUAGCCCUCACUCUUUUCU